ACUUGCGCCGAGCUACGGGUCCCGGGUGGAGUCAGGAGCCGUGAUGUGUCUCCUUCUGGGGGCCUCGGGCGUUGGGAAGACGCUGUUGGUGAAGAGACUGCUGAAGCUGAGCUCCGGGGAUGGGAAGGGCGAUCUGGGCGAUCCUCCCCCGACGCGGCCCACGGUGGGCACCGACCUUACUGACAUCGUGGUUCCAAGAAAGAUUACCAUCCGGGAGCUGGGGGGGUGCAUGGGCCCCAUCUGGCCCAGCUACUAUGGAAACUGCCGUUCUCUCCUGUUCAUGAUGGACGCGGCUAACCCCACUCAGCUGUCUGCCUCCUGCGUGCAACUUCUGGGUCUCCUUUCUGCGGAAGGACUAGCAGAAGCAUCGGUCUUGAUCCUCUUCAAUAAAAUCGAUGUGCCCUGUUACAUGACCGUGGAGGAGAUGAAGUCCUUGAUCAGACUCCCGGACAUCAUUGCCUGUGCCAAGCAGAGCAUCAGCACGGUGGCAGUCAGCGCUCACAAGGGCACCGGCUUGGCAGAGGUGCUGCACUGGCUCCAGGACACCCGGGGGACUGACGGCUGACAGCUGCCCCGCAGGAGGAGACCACGAUGGGCCGGCCCUGGGGAGGGCCCGAGCGCCGCCCUGCUUGGCCUGCGGUGAUCUGGAUGACCCAGCACAAGCCUAGGGGGUGGGCUUCCGGCCUGAGUUGCAGGGACGGGUAAACUGAGGAACCCUGGUUGCAGGAAGUCCUGAUAGCUGGCCUCCGAAUGGAAAGAUCGUCCCCAGGGCUGGGAGAGGACAACAGGCUUGCAGGGUGGCUGGGCGACCUGCUCCCAUCCCGGGAUGUAUUCCCUUCCCGCAGGUGUUUGGACUGCACAGCCCCACAGGGCUCUCUGUAGAGUUUCUGACGGGCUGAUGAUGUGACCCCCACUGUAUGAGGCCGUUGUCAUGGAAAGAACUGAGCCUGGAAUCAGAA